UCAAAGUGCAAAAGCCGGGUCACACGCCAAGGAGCCCUGCUCAUGGUCUCAUCGUGUGUGCGUGUGUGCGUGCCACCUUCAACCGCAAGAUGAUCCAACCCAUCUACUGCUACUACUGCUGCUAACUGAAAGCAAACUAGUGGAUGUUUAGAGGCGAAACAUUCUAUACUCUGCCACUUGUUGUUUGCUGUACAUGAUAGUUAUACUUCAUCUAUUGGAUGGAUGCCUCCAGCUAGUUACGUUGUUGAUGACUUAUUCUCAUAAGCACCAAAAUCUGCUAUGACGCAUGCUUUCUACAGAAAUUAUUGUUUAUUCAAAAUUUUAAAUCUCAUCUCGUGGAAUGUGAAUGGGAAUUAUUGGAAUUGAAAUUGAAAUAAACUGCACUGGAUUAGAUUAGGUUACCUUAGCUAUUGAUGAUACAUGUGUGUGUGUGUGUGUAGAAAGAAAGAAUAGUGCAGGAUUGCCUCACUUGAUAUCAUGCAAGCCUUGGGUUGCUCCUCUCUUAACCAUGCAAUUAUAUUUGUUUUGUUCCAAGUUCAAAUUGCAAAGCUGGGUUUCCUGCCGUGCUCGUGGUAUGGCUGCCUUCAACCACAACAUCCAUUUGUCCAGCUUCAACUCCUCUCCAUGUGUUUAUCCCACCGAGGCGCCGCUUGGGAUGGCUGCAGCUUCGCCGACCUGCAGAGGACGCCAAUCUCCGGCCCCCGGCAACGACUUCUUGCAGGAAAAUCUUUUCUUCACUCUGUCAAAACAGGAUUCACUCCUUAUGUUAUCAUGAUUAUCCCACCAGAAGAGGGGCUUGCUGACUACAAGGAUCCACUUGGAGUUCCUCUCUGCCUCUGCAGGUGAUUAAUCACCUUUCUAUGGCAGCCCACCGCGGGAGCAGCAGCAGCGGAUGGGUCAGAGCACUAGUCGAUGUAGACCCCUCUCGGAGCAAUACAUCCGCCGCUCCAGCACCUUCAUCUGCUCAGUCAAGUAAUCUGUCACCACCGUUAUUAUCCAUUGUCAUGUUGCCAUCUGUCUUGAUUUCACUUAGCCUAAAAUCAUCAG